GAACUGCACAGACUUGGAACAUGAGGGAGCCUAUGAUCACGUUUUUUGGAAUCUCCAGUUUGGAAACCUACACUCCUUUCACAAUGGCUGCAAUUGGAAACCGUGGAACAGUGACCAAGGCGUCCGGUUUUAAUGCCCAGGCCGAUGCCCAGAAGCUGCAGGAGGCUAUGAAAGGAGCCGUUUUUGGAAUCUCCAGUUUGGAAACUGACACUCCUUUCACAAUGGCUGCAUUUGGAGACCGUGGAACAGUGACAGAGGCGUCCUGUUUUGAUGCCCAGGCCGAUGCCCAGAAGCUGCGGGAGGCCAUAAAAGGAGCCGGCACCAAUGAGGCCACUAUCAUCGAGGUCCUGGCCCACCGUACUAUUAUCCAGAGGCAACGCAUCAAGGAGGCCUACAAGCAAACAGUGGGGAAGGACCUGGCUGAUGAUCUGUCCUCUGAGCUGAGUGGGAACUUCAGAGAUGUCGUUCUGGGUCUGCUGAUGCUCGCUCCUGUGUACGACGCCAAUGAGCUGAGGAACGCCAUGAAGGGAUCUGGUACAGACGAGGCCUGUCUGAUUGACAUACUCGCCUCAAAGUCAAACACUGAGGUGAAAACCAUCAUCUUGGCCUACAAGAAAGAAUAUGGGGAGGACCUGGAGGAGGCUGUUACUGGAGAAACAUCUGGAAUGUUUCAGAGGGUUUUGGUCUCUUUACUCUCGGCUGCCCGGGAUGAGAGCGACAGAGUGGACGAGGCCCAGGUUGUCCAAGAUGCCAAGGAAAUCUACGAGGCUGGGGAGGCCGAAUGGGCUACAGAUGAGGAUAAAUUUCUCUCUGUGCUUUGCGGAAGGAACCAACACCAUCUUCUGAAAGUGUUUGUGGCGUAUCAGAAGAUUUCUGGAAGAGACAUAGAGGAGAGCAUCGAGAGUGAGAUGUCUGGCCCUCUGGCGGACGUCUUUCUGGCCAUAGUGAAAUGCCUGAGGAACAAGUCAGCCUUCUUUGCUGGGCGGCUAUACAAAUCAGUGACGGGGCCUGGCGUCACAGAUUCUAUCCUCAUCAGAACAGUGGUCUCCAGGGCUGAGAUUGACAUGCUGAACAUUAAAGCUCAAUUUCAAAGGAUGUACGGAAAGUCUCUGUCCUCCAUCAUCAAGGCAGACACAUCUGGUGACUACUGCCAAAUCCUUCUGGAACUGUGUGGAGGCGAGUGAAAGAAAGAGACACAAUGACGUCCUUUUAACUCUUCAUUUCACAAAAAAAAAGGUCUGAGCUUUUGUUGUAUCUGGCUUGCAAAAUGAAUAAAGUAGCCGGAGA